CCACACCUUACGAAUUUAUUAAAAUCACGCCUCUUUUAGUACAAAAUGGACGAAGGUUUGCAGGCUGUGCUUAAGAAGCAUUUACACCUGGUGGAUGGGCUUCGAUGUAUUUCAGUAUCUGACAGAGAUGGAGUUCAAAUUGUUGAAGUACACACUGACCAUUUUCCUACUGGCGUAAUCAAACCAAUUUUUAUGGGAACCUUUGCCAUCGCAAGCGAACAGGCCAGUAAAUUAGGAGUCGGCAAGAAUACAAGCAUCAUAUCAUACUACUCAGGGUAUCAGGUGAUACAGUUCAACUAUUUACCGUUUGUGCUCACAUUCAUAGCUGACAGCAAAUCAAAUACUGGAAUGCUGUACUCCUUAGAGGAGGAUCUGAGAGAUCCUAUUGGUCACUUGCAAGCAGCUGUAUCUGUUCCUUGAGGAAAUGGCUAUGGGAGCUGCUGCAUUCUUUAGUGUGGCACAAUUUGCGUUUUAUCAUUUUAACUAUAGAUUUAUUUGUCACAUAAUGUGUUCUUGUAAAUGAUAUUGGUGAAGCUGAUGUAGAUCUAGCUAUACAAA